AACCGCAUUUUGAAAACAAAACGUGCCGAGCAACCAUCGCGAGCUGAACGACCACAUGCUUUUUUCCUCGGGUAGUGUUUUUGAUUUUUAAGAAGUUUUUGUUCCAUUUUGGUGUUGAAAAUGACCGAUUUCGACGCCCGGAGUGAGGACUCCGACUCGAGCUACGUUUCGUACGACGAGGACGAUGAGCUCCGAGAGGCCUUGGCAAAAGGGCUGCUGAAGCCGGGUUUGAAUGUGAUCGCCAAGGACCGGCAGGAGCCGGUCAACAAUACGGCCAAGUUGAAGGCCGCGCUGGAAUCGAUGAUUUUGAAGGCGCCGUGGGUUGAGCGGAUGGAUCUGGUUAACGAUUUGGCCCCGUUGACGCCGGAGCUGGCCAUUCAGAUCGAGAAGCACGAGCAAAAGCGCGAGAACCAGUUCAAGGGCAACAAGAAGAUUCCGUACGUGGCGCCGGAGGCGGAUCCGGUGCUGAACGACUUCAAGCGGGAGAUUCUGUUCCACCGGCAAGCGCAGGCCGCCUGCGUCGAGGGCAUCCGACGGUUCCACGAUUUGGGCAUCGUGACGAAGCGACCGGACGAUUACUUCGCCGAGAUGGCCAAGACGGACGAGCACAUGCAGCGCAUUCGGAAGGUUCUGGUCGCCAAGCAGGAGGGAAUGGCCAAAUCGGAACGAGCCCGGCAUUUGCGAGAACAGCGCCGCAUUGGCAAGCUGAUCCAACGGCAAACGCAGGAAAAACGUGACGAGGAGCGCCGCAAGACGUUGAACGACAUUAAGAAGUUCCGCAAGGGCAAGCUGUCUAACCUGGACUUUUUGGACGAUGAGAACGAGGAGGGCAAACCGGGUGGCAAGAGGAAGGCUGGAGCGAAGGGCGGUGGCAAGAAGCAGCUCAGCGGCAAGAGGAAGGCCCGCGAUGCCAAGUUUGGAUUUGGCGGAAGGAAGAAGGGAUCGAAGCGGAAUACCAAGGAGUCGUUUAUGAGCGAUGGAAACAAGAAGCGAAAGGGACCCGGAGGUAAAGGCGGAGCGGGUGGUGGUGCCAACAAGCGGCUCGGGAAGAGCAGACGGGCGCAGGGUAAGAACAGGGGAAAGUGAGUGACGGGGAGAGGGGGGGACGAUAAAAUGUAAUUUUAAAGG